AUGUUCGUACCUCACAAUUACAAUAAAACGGGUGCAGAGCAUCAAUUGAGAAAAAUAAUGGUUCCGCACGGUAUGCCCGAGGCAAAAGUUGGUCCUGACAUAUUUCUUCAGCAUCGUUGCCCAGUGAAUACAUGCACCAUCGUUAGGGAGGAUCCCGACGGCGCUGAUUUAAUUCUUUUUAAGGACUACGUAACGCACGUAGGAAGGAGAUCCUCAAAACAAGUAUGGAUGCUGUAUUUUUUAGAGUGUCCUUAUCACACGCAAAGCGUUAAAAACGCUGUCAUCAAUUGGACGGCAACUUAUCGUCGUGAUAGCGAUAUAGUCGCACCCUAUGAAAGAUGGCAGUAUUACGACCCCAGUGUGACACAAAUACGACAGAGUUUUAACUACGCAGCAAACAAGACUAAAAAGUUGCGACGCAAAGUGACGAUCGGUCAGGUUCAACCGUUCGGAUGUGUCGCGCUCACAGAGUAA